AGCAGCCUGCAGGAGCAUAGUCGUGCUCGGAGCUCCGUCAAUUGCAGAUCAUUCAAUCCAGCCAUCGCUCCUCAGAGCCUCCAGUGCGUCUCUGGCUCCUCCCAAUGUUACCGUGACUCCUUCAAAUGUUAGUGUGUCUCCGACUCCUUCAAAUGUUACCGUGACUCCUUCAAAUGCUAGUGUAUCUCCGACUCGAAGUGUCCCGUUAGAGGAAAAAGAAUUGAUUUACGAUGUUGAAAAACUUAAUCAUGAUCCUGCAAAAAGAGAUAGUAUAAUGAAAUAUCCUCCAAAUGAGCGAGAUGCAGUUAGGAGAGCAUAUAUUCUUAAAAAGCCCUGUCAACCAAGAUCUCACAACUUUCCUAGAAAAAAAAUUGGAGGACGUCGAUUUAUGCCUUAUUGGUUCGAUACAUGGGAUUGGCUUGAAUAUAGCAUAACAAAAGAUGCUGCAUUUUGUUUUGUUUGCUACUGGUUUAAGAAUGAAGUUGGACUUACUGCGGGGGGAAAUGCAUUUGUGAACAAAAGAUUUAAGUCGUGGAAUAAGCCGGACAGAUUUACGAAGCAUAUUGGUGGAGUAAAAAGUGCUCACAAUCUUGCUUAUGAGAAAUAUGUGAACUUAAGAGAUGGCAAAAAAAAGUCUAUUCUUGUUUCUGUUGAUAAUGCCACUGAGGUGACCAUAAAAGAAUAUGACAUUCGCUUGAAGGCUUCAAUUUCAUGUUUGCGUUAUCUACUGCGGCAAGGUCUGGGCUUUCGUGGACAUAGAGAAAAUAGUGAAUCCCUUAACAGAGGAAAUUUUCUUGAACUUUUGAAAUGAUUAAGGACACAUAAUGAAGUUGUUUCAAAAGUGACUUUGGAAAAAUGCUCCUGGAAAUUGUCAAUUGAUAUCUCCAACUAUUCAAAAUGAUAUUAUCAAUUGUUGUGCUAAAGAAACAACUAAGCGAAUUGUGGAAGAACUUGGUGUUGACUAUUUUUCUAUAUUAGCUGACGAAUCAUGUGAUGUGUCCCAAAAGGAACAAUUUUCACUUUGCCUACGCUAUGUUCAAAGAGAAAUGGGGACAGGUAGUGGAAAGAUUCAUUGGUCUUGCUCAUGUUGGUGAUUGAUAAGUCGCAUUCUAGGCCUUGGUUACUGGUCAGUAUAACCUGCGUAAUUGGAUUAUAUCUGCAAAACAGUUGCUAAAGUGUGUAGGAAAAAAGUCUCAGUCAGUACGAGAGGGUUCAGAUAACUCAGGUGAAAAGAGCGUCAGAAGGGUGCAAUACUGACCAUGAUGCAUGCCAAAAAGGCUCGAGAUGGAGAAGAAUGAUUGCUGAGAAAGAUCAACCACAAAACGAGGGCAAGAGUCUACCCUAAAAAGCAAGGGCAUGCCUCCCUAUAAAAGGAAGCCACUUGGAGAGAGGAUGAGGAUCGACUUUCACGCUUAGUUAGGGUUCUCUUUCUCAGUAGAUCAAUUCCUUCAACAUAAUCCAAAUUCUUCUUGUUCCUCGCCACAGCCAUGGUCACAUGAAGUUCCAUCAGUCCACCGGAGAAGCGUCUUCCAUCGUUCCAACCAGUUCAUUUCGUAGUCAUAGCAGUUUCAUCGCCCAGAGUGGCAAAACAAUCUUUAUUCACUUUCCUAGUUAAUCUUACUUGUUUUUCUUUCGUUAGAUCUGUUGCAUAUUCAGUAUUUGCUAUCAUUUUGAAGUGUUUUGUUGUGAU